GAGUUCCGCUGAGCGAACUAGCUUCCCCGCAACGGUGGGGGCUCUGAUUUUCCACAUUUGAAACCCACAUCAGUGGAUGUUUACUGCAGUAUCACCCGAACCCUGGCAUACUCCCAACUAGCGAUGUGGGGUAUUCAGCUUCCAUUCUAGCCACGUGAUCGACCCUCAUGUCAGAUGAACCCACAAGAGCCAAGGCUUUGCAUAGCCUACGACCUACCGCCAUUUUUUUUAUUUCUCGGGAAGAAAAUAGUACCUUUAUACACGCUUGCCCAGAGAUCUCAAAAUGUCGGUUCGUGCCGUCGGAAGAAGCAUCCUGCAGAAGAGUCCAUCUGAUGUCGUUAUUCUUUCGGCUGUGCGAAGUCCCAUCACAAGGGCGUUCAAGGGAGGCUUCAAAGACGCCUGGCCAGAGGACAUACUUCGACCUGUGAUGAGAGAGGCAGUCGUUAGAGCGAAGAUCGAGACAGAUGACGUGAAGGACGUCCUCAUCGGCAAUGUCCUCGCUGAACUGGGUUUCGCCAAGACAGGAAGAAUGGCGCUCCUCGAUUGCGGCUUCCCUCCCAGUACGACCUUUCACACAGUCAACAGGCAGUGCUCCAGUAGUCUACAGGCCAUCACGCACCAGGCGCAUGCAAUAAUGGCUGGUCAAUUCGACGUCGCCUUGGCCGGUGGGGUGGAGAGCAUGACACGUAACUACGGUUCUCGCGGCCGUCCCACGGAUGUGUCUCCCUCUCUCCGAGCAUCCAACGUGAAGCAGGCCACCGACUGUCUCUUGGCCAUGGGUGAGACUUCGGAGCGCGUUGCUCAACGCUACAGCAUCUCACGCAAAGAGCAGGAUGACUUUGCUUUUCAGAGUCAUCAGAGGGCACUGAUGGCUAGAGCUGCAGGAAAAUUUGCGUCAGAGGUAGUCCCAGUUACCUACCAGGCUCCAAGCGAAGCGGACAGGGAAGGUCGACUGACAACCUUGACCGUGACAGAGGAUGAUGGCAUCCGACCUAACGUGAGCAGAGAGAAGCUUGGAAAUCUUGAGCCAGUUUUUGGCAAGCAAGGAAGAAGCACCGCAGGCAACUCAUCACAGAUAUCCGACGGCGCCUCUUCAGUGAUACUUGCUCGAAGGUCGUGGGCAGAAGAUCGUGGACUGAAACCCAUUGGGCGUUUUGCAGGCACACAGGUGAGCGGAUGCGAGCCGGAUGAGAUGGGCGUAGGCCCAGCCCUGGCGAUUCCGGCGCUUUACAAGUACACAGGGGUAGGGCAGAACGACGUUGGGAUCUUUGAGAUUAACGAGGCGUUCGCUAGUCAGAUGGUCUACUGUGUGCGCACACUCCAUCUCGACGUCGCCAAGGUGAAUCCAAACGGAGGUGCCAUUGCGCUGGGCCACCCAACAGGCGCAACGGGAGCACGCCAAGCGGCGACUCUGCUGGCUGAGAUGCAGCGGUCUGAUCACGAGCUCGGUGUGAUCAGCAUGUGUGCGAGGUAGGAGGCUCUCAUUGUUUUUGGACUACGUGACCAUGUGAACAAACAUACGGAACCAAGCUAAUUCGACGGUCGAAAUGUACAGCACCGGCCUCGGAGUGGCAUCCCUUUUGAUCCGAGAGUAACGAGAUGGAAUGGUGGCGCGAGAUUUCAUAGGAGAGGCCUAGUUGGGUUCGAUUAUGUCUGAUUUCAAGUUAAUGUAUGGUGGUGUCAGUGUAUGCUGACAGCAGUGAAGUCAGGGAUAGCGCCAAGUGGUGCAGGGGGUAAGUGGGGCAUCUAAGGGGACUAACAGUUUCUGGAAGAGCGUAAGCCACCAAAAUGUGG